AUGAACUCAUACUUCGAGCAGGGAGCGGGUGGCUUCUACGGAAGCCACCAUCAUCAGACUGGAGCAGCAGGACAGCAUCAUGAUCCAGCGACAGCAGCUGCUUAUAGAAGCUUUCCCCUUGGUCUUGGCAUGUCACCUUACGCCUCGAGUCAGCAUCACCAUCACAGCACAAGUAGCCUGGGAAUUCAUCCAGGAAGUGGUACCAAUACCCGACCACCCCAGGAUUCCCCUUACGACGCCAGUGUAGCAACCGCCUGUAAAUUGUACUCAUCAACCCCAGAAGCAACCGGCCACACAACAUCAUCGUACUCAAGUACAGCGAGCAAAGACUGCAAGCAACAAGAGCAAGCAGUAGCAGCUGCUGCGGCUGCCCACCAGAAUGGUUAUGCUGCAGUUAUGGCUGCUGCAGCUGUCAAGGACGUUUGGCAGUCGGCGACCUCAGCCGCCAAUGGCCAGAGUAAUCCUGUUGUACGUCCGUCCGCGUGUACCCCCGAGGGCACGAGGGUCGGCAGCUACGGCGGUCUCGUGGGCGGUGAUCCAGCCUCAAGUCCCGGCAACAACGGCUCCUCCAGGUCCCUAACGUCAUCGUGGAACACCUGCAGUCUCAACUCUACCGCUAGCCAACCGGUCGCCACUCAACUACACCAACAACCAACCGGCAACCAUACAUUCUACCCCUGGAUGGCCAUAGCAGGUAAGGACGAUAUCGCUAAGCCGCAUUGGACAUGGUUGCAAGGUGCAAAUGGCUUACGUAGACGCGGCCGACAGACAUACACACGUUAUCAAACAUUGGAACUGGAGAAAGAAUUUCACACGAAUCACUACCUCACAAGGCGGAGGCGGAUCGAAAUGGCGCACGCGCUAUGUUUGACGGAAAGACAAAUAAAAAUAUGGUUUCAAAAUCGGCGAAUGAAGCUGAAGAAGGAGAUACAGGCGAUUAAGGAAUUAAAUGAACAGGAGAAACAGGCACAAGCGCAAAAAGCAGCAGCAGCGGCGGCCGUUGCCCAUCAACAAGGGGGUGGAGGACCCGACGGGGGUAACUAGGGGUACGCCCUUCACCGGAGCCCCCCUGAUCACUCAAAUGCCAAUCCACACCAUCCACUGCUAGCACCACAAUGUACACAGCUAUAUUAAGGUGAGUCGCAGGCUGCUCCAACUGUUUCUGUAAUGCCAAAUAGGUGUCGAUGUGCCGCUAUCUCAAAUCCGUCGAUAGUAAAAAAAAAUAAAAACCAUAAUCGGUUGCGGCGUUUUGGAUGCUGCAUCCGGUGAGUGACUGAACCCCCCGGAGUCUCCCGUAGUGAAAAAACCUGACACAAAACACAUCACUUUAAUAAUUGAGAGAGAUACAAUCCUAGGAAUGCUGAAUAACUCAUGCGAUCAAUUCGAUCCACACGACUUUCACAACUGCAAUGAUCAACAGUAGCAUCGCUAGUUCUCAUAGUCCUAGAUCUACAUUUUACUUUAGUAAAAAUUGGAAAAAAAAUUUUUUCUUUCACGUUCAUGUUUAGUGCAUCGGCAUCCGUAGAGAUUUCUUUGUAAUUUUAGUCGUGAAUUUUAUUGGGCCUUCGCCUGAUUAACGGGACCGUGCAACGAAUGGAAAAAAAUAAUCGUCCGGGUGGAGAUAUACGAUGUGAAAAAGAUUAAACUUAAAAAAAAAUUAAUAAAUUUGCCAGUCGCGUCGUAACGAAUAUACGUAAUUAUGAUAAUAAUGUAAAAGUGAGUCAUCCUCACACGAAACUCAGAUACGUAAUGAAAAAGUCUACGAGUAAUUCGUAAGUAAAUUUAGGAUCUAGAAACAUUGUUUAGGAAAUGGAAGUGAUGUUGAGAGAAUAAAUAAUCGCAUGUCGCGACUAUUCCCCGGUGAAUAAAUAUAUUUAUAUAAUAUACAGAUCGGUGUACAAAGUCAUGAAAAUGUUCAGUUUUUUUUUUCGUAAUUAAUUAUUGUAAUUAUUCGUUUGAUAGUGGAGGAAAUGUUCACAUGUUUAGCGUAUCCGUUAGUGAGCGACAAUACGACGACUGCUGUUAUUAUAUUUUUGUUAUGUAUAUUACUUUUUUUAUUUCUCGCGAUACGCGGCGGGGACACGCUUUUACCAACGGCCAUCCUCAUAUUUCCCAUUUUCGUGAGAACUUGUCAGCCUCUAAUUUCAUCCGCAAAUGGAGAACUGUAAUUCUGGUGGAGAUUGAUGAAAGCGUGUCUUGCAAUCAAGUUGCUAAAUAUUAUAUGAAUAUGUAUAUUUAUGCAUAUACAUCCAUGUUCAAAUUUUUUGUUAUGAUUAUGUUGUAAACAAUAUUAUGACGUAUUGGCUCAACAACUAUUGAUUAAUGUGAAUAACGGGUGCGCGAUGUGUCCGAAUUUACGGAGAGAAAAAAAUUCUUUCGGGUGAAAAGUUUUUUGAUUCCAUUUUUUAUUGAUUCAAGUU